GCCAAAUUGAUCUGAAGAGUCCGCAGGAUAUUCAGGUCUAUGUUGUAAAUACAAAUUUCACUCUAAGGUGGAACUACACUGGGAAUGAUACCAAUGUGACGUUUUCAGCAGAAUACCGGUGGUUUGAAGAUUCUGAGACAGAUGAAAUGGAAUGGAAGGAGUUACCUGGGUGCCAAAAUGUUACUCGCAGGGAAUGUGACUUUUCCUCAGCAAUAACCGAAUACUAUGAUACACAUCAUGUGCGUGUAAGGGCUGAAAGAAGGAAAGAAGUGUCUCCGUGGUCUAGUAUUUUUGAAAUGAUUCCAUAUGUUAUAGCUCAGAUAGGUCCCCCAGGAAUAGAGUUGCAGUCCACAAAUGGAGUCAUAAAAAUUAAGGUUUCUCCUCCAGAAGAAAAUCAGGUCCGAAAACUGUGGAUACAUUUUCAAUAUAAUCUAGUUAUCUGGGAAAAUUCGUCAAAUGCAGAGUUCAGAAGUCAAAGUAUUUUUCCUACUGACGUAAUUGAUGAUCUUGCACCAGAUACUACCUAUUGUUUGAAAGUUCAAGCAACUCUUCCUUUCGAGUUGCAAGAAGGCCUAUUCAGUCCCAUUCGUUGUAUAAAAACCACCCGUAAAGUGAAUGACCUACUCUGUGCAACAAAUGUGAGCAUUUUUGCUUUGAAUAUGGAAUUUUAUCUGCAUUGGAAUAAUCAGUAUAAACAACAUGUGAGCUACAAUGUACAGUAUCUCAUGGGGUAUCUAAAGAAACGUCAUGAAGGUUACUCAGGGGAGUGGCUCAAUGUACCUGGAUGUGAAAACAUCACUGAUACACAAUGCAAUUUCUCAUCUAUCAUCACUGCUACUUCUGGAUUUUAUCACCUCCGUGUGCAGGCCAUGAGUGAAUAUAAUAAAUCAUGCUUGUCUAAUGAAGUAAAAGUAGAUCCUCUGAUAACAAAUGAAAUUGGCCCUCCUGGUAUAAAGGUGGACGUCAGUGAUGUUUUGCUCCAUAUCCAGAUUUCUCCUCCAGGAGGAUCUGAGAGUGAAGUCACGAGGGGCUAUGAUGACUUGUCUUACUGGGUUCUGUAUUGGAAGAAUUCAUCGAAUAAUGAGGAGGAAAUCAAAAUGAAAGAGAUAAAACAGACAAUAGGGACACUCUCUGAUCUAAUGCCCUCGACUUUGUACUGUGUAAAAGCACAAGCAUUCUCGAGGGCUUACAACAAAAGCAGUCAUUACAGCAAAGAGCAAUGCAUCAGAACACCUGGAGGUAGGAAAGGCUUGGGAAUUGUUACACCACUGGAA